UAUUAUUCUGUCAAAAUAAUUAUUUUCAUAAUUAAAGUGACACUUUAAAAUAUUUGUGUCCAAAUUUCAUAUACCUCAUGCUCAAAUAGUUGUACUUAUAUUUUGAGACAAAAUUGUCCUCUCCGUUAAAACUCCGUCCAUUUUAGAAGUAAAGGUAGAUAGUGGUAGGUUUGGAACAUUUUGGCUUCUCAUACUCCACUCGUAUGUACAGAGUACCAUGGAGCAAAUUGCAAGAAGAAUAAAACUGAAGAUGGACCGGGUGAUCAGCACAGAUUCAAGCCACAAGAACUCGAGGUCCAGGGAACAACCUGUUCUGACCAGACCUCCAUGCCGCUGGAUCCGCUCUCUCCAUCCAUGUUCCCAAUCAUUGCCACAGUCCGAUUCUAAUGAGGUCACCACCAGCACGUUUUUUAUUUGGGGAAAUUAUGUCCUUAUAUUCAAUAUGCUAUUCAUUGUGGCAAUUUGCCAAAAAUUGAGUACGCUCGUUCAGGUUUCAUGCCAUUUUUGCCCAUACACCGUUGGAUCUCUAUCACCAGUUUUCAUCAUGACCCUAAUAUGGUAGGAGUCUGGAGUUUCAUAUUCCACAAAAGUAGUUCGCCGUAUCAUUGUGAUAGAACAGAAGCACCUUUGGAAUUCUCUAUUUUGCAGCUGAGUAGCUUUAAUCUCAGGGUUUUGUAAAAUAUUCUCAUAGUAAAUUUAUUUAUUAAAUCAAUACUAUGUGGCCAU